AUGGUCCGUAUCAAGCAUCGCUACUUGCUUGUCAACAUCCUUUACCCAGACCCAAAGACAAGCAAUGUUCAAAUGAAGGCCAAGCCAGGCGAAGACGCGCCAUAUGCAAUGCAGUUCCGUCAACCCAGCUCCGAUAAGAUGGACGGCAAAGUCUUGUUCCGCCUGAUCAAAGAUAACGUGGCGGAAUUAUUCGGCGACUAUGGUUCUGGCAAGAUUGCUGGCAGUCUACAAGUCAAAUACUUCUCCCAAGCAACAAGCACAGCCAUCAUUCGAGUCUCGCGGGACCACUACAGGCUCGUGUGGUCUGCAUUGACAUUCACAACUCGACUACCGAAGCCACUUCUGCAGCCUUGUGUGGUUCAAGUCGUGAGGGUCUCUGGUACGAUCAAGAAGGCUGAGGAGGAAGCUAUCCGGCGAGCGAGGAUCGGUAUCUUGCGUGCUCAGCGGGCUUCCAAAGGCCUUACUGGUGGCGUACUGACCACGAGGAAGCCAACGAACGGAGCUGAAGCUGGAGCCCAAGCUGAGGCUGACGAUGAUAUUGACGCUAGCAUGAUUGAUGGAAUCGAGGACGGUAAUGAGCCAGGUGAUGUGGAUGAGGACGAUGGCGAGUGA